GAGGACACAAUGUGAAAAAUGUGGAUGCUUUCAGGCCACCAUUAAAACUUCAUCCGGUCACGACAAUGACACUUCUGUCAUUACAUACCAGACGUAAUUACUAUAUAAAUAAGGGUUUCACUGUCUUUGAAGUUCCAUUCCCAGAAAACGGAACUGAGCGAAAGGAUAUCUGAGUUUGAAACGGCAUUUCGGUAUGGCAACGAAGAGCAAGAUUCUGUUUAUUGGAGGCACCGGAUAUAUCGGAAAGUAUAUCGUGGAAGCCAGCGCAAAAGCCGGCCAUCCGACUUUUGUACUCGUAAGAGAGUCUACUCUUUCUAACCCUGCCAAAUCCAACAUCAUCCAAAAUUUCAAGACCCUCGGCGUCAAUUUUGUUACCGGAGAAUUAUAUAAUCACAAGAGUCUGGUGAGUGCGAUUAAGCAAGUAGACGUUGUGAUAUCAACAGUGGGUCACUCUCAAUUACGUGAUCAAGAUAAGAUUAUUGCUGCAAUUAAAGAAGCUGGAAAUGUCAAGAGAUUCUUUCCUUCAGAAUUUGGUAAUGAUGUUGAUCGUGUCCAUGCUGUUGAGCCAGCAAAAACAGCAUUUGGGAUGAAGGCUAACAUCCGCCGCUCUGUAGAGAAAGAAGGAAUUCCAUACACCUAUGUAUCAUCUAAUUUCUCUUCUUGCUUUUUCCUUCCUACUCUAGCACAGCCUGGAGCCCCAUCUCCCCCAAGGGAUAAAGUGGUCAUCUUAGGAGAUGGAAAUCCAAAGGCAAUUUUUAACAAGGGAGAUGAUUUUGGAACCUAUACCAUUAAAGCAGUGGAUGAUCCCAGAACCUUGAACAAAGUCCUUUACCUCAGACCUCCUGGCAACAUUUACUCAUUCAAUGAUCUUGUGUCUCUGUGGGAGAAAAAGAUUGGCAAAACCCUUGAAAGGGUCUAUGUAUCCGAGGAGCAACUUCUGAAAAACAUUCAAGAAGCUGCGGCUCCUCUGAAUUUGUUCUUAUCUAUCUGCCACUCAGCCUUUGUAAAGGGAGACCACACCAACUUUGAGAUUGAACCAUCGUUGGGAGUCGAAGCCACAGAGCUUUAUCCUGAUGUCAAGUACACCACCGUGGAUGAGUUCCUCAAUCAGUUUGUUUGAAUCAUCCUUGUUUAUCUGCAGGAUCUCAAUAAAUAAACUAUAUAUUUUAGGCUUUAAUACUGGUUUGCUUUCCUUGCUUUUUCAUUUGUUUGAUGUGCCUAGCAACGAAUAAACUUGGUUCUGCUGUUCGUCGCAA